UUUCAAAUUUGGCAUUACAGUGUUUGUGGGAUUUAUUCAAACCAACAACAUUUUCAAGCACUGUUGCGUUCAUGCUUUGAUGGAACUUGUAAUAUAAAUAUUAAAUAACGUCACCUUCACCAACCCAACACCAAGCUGCGAUUUCUUCUAUAACUAACAAUUUUCAUCGCCUCCCUUGCAUUAGAAUUAAGAUUCUCUCUGUAAUUAAAGCUUUACGCUACCUUCGUUGCAUUGCCACCUCGUUUUUCUCGCCCGCCUAAUUUCCGCUUCUAUAUAUCAAUCAUUUCUCUCUUCUUCCUUAUUCAUUCCAUCUUCGAUAAUGGCUGCUGAAGUGUAUCGCCAUGCUAUUGGGACUUUUCAGUCUCAUUCUUAUGCCAACAAUGUUAAUCAUAAGCAGAGGCUCAGGAACAAUUUUGUGAGAUUGGUGAAUAAGGAUUCUGUGAGUAGCAGAGGAGCUAGGUAUUCUAGCUGCAGUAACCGUCGCAGUGUUAUUCGAUCUUCGGCUUCUCAAACAUCGGUGGCAGAUCCAGUUUCAUUAUCCCCUUCAAGAACACCCACCACUGACACUAACAAGAAAUCAAAUGAAGCGGCUUUGAUCCUCAUUCGGCAUGGUGAGUCGCUGUGGAAUGAAAAGAACUUAUUCACAGGUUGUGUUGAUGUUCCACUAAGCAAGAAGGGAAUAGAUGAGGCAAUAGAAGCUGGCAAAAGAAUUAGCAGCAUUCCAGUUGAUGUGAUAUUUACAUCUGCUUUGAUUCGGGCACAAAUGACUGCCAUGCUUGCCAUGACCCAGCAUCGUCGUAAGAAGGUGCCUAUCAUCAUUCAUAAUGAAAGUGAACAAGCAAGGCAAUGGAGUCAAGUUUUUAGUGAAGACACUAAAAAACAGUCUAUACCAGUCAUAGCAUCAUGGCAAUUAAAUGAAAGAAUGUAUGGGGAACUACAGGGUCUCAAUAAACAAGAAACAGCUGACAGAUAUGGAAAAGAGCAAGUCCAUGAGUGGCGCAGAAGCUAUGACACACCUCCUCCCAAUGGAGAAAGUUUGGAAAUGUGUGCUGAAAGAGCAGUUGCCUAUUUUAGAGACCAAAUUGAACCUCAACUUUUAUCCGGAAAGAAUGUUAUGAUCGCUGCCCACGGAAACUCCCUGAGAUCCAUUAUCAUGUAUCUCGACAAGUUAACUUCCCAAGAGGUCAUUAGUUUGGAACUGUCAACUGGAAUUCCAAUGCUAUAUAUUUUCAAAGAGGGAAGAUUCAUUAGGAGGGGGAGUCCCAUAGGACCACAGGAAGCUGGGGUUUAUGCUUACACCAAGCGAUUGGCUCUUUACAGACAGAAGUUGGAUGAGAUGUUCUAAUGAUAUGUUUUCUUGGAGAUACAAUAUUCACCAUUAAUCAGCAUUAUAGCAGUUGAAUCACAUACAAAGGGGGUAGCGUGAAUAUUUUCACUUGCCCUAAAACAAGGUUGUUUUGGAUUUUUUUUUUAGUAAAGUUUUGAAGCCGUGUAUUUGGGAGAAACGCUCUCAUUCUUAGGUAUAUUUAUAUCGUAUGGUUAGCAAUUGUUUCCAUGUGACUGUUGUAGUAUGAUAGUCAUGUAAUAUUUUCAGUUCGGAUUCAUUCUUAUAUAAUUGUAAAUGAGUUGUAAUGUGGACUUCUAUUGGAUAUAUAAUUAAUGUUUCAUUAUUGAAAGUUUGAAACUAGUUA